UAUGUUGAGGUCCGUAUUUGAAUGCCUGUGUCUGGAGGUUUUUUCUUAGAAAAUAUAAGAGCUUUGAAAAUUUAUAUGGCAAGAUGUUAUAUUAAAAAAUUAUUGCUUGGAAAAUUAUAUAUUAUGAGGUUCAUACAUGAACACUUUGUUUUGGUAUAAUACUGAUGGCUUCACUAAUGGUUAUGUGGUGGAGAAAAAGGAGUGCCAAUUUGCAUAAAGGCGCUUCUUUUCAGGGGAAUUUGUAUUUCCUCUCACAGAAUACUGGAAAAUCCAAGCACUUUGGCUUCAUUGAAUAUGAGGAUUCACAGGUGGCUAGAAUUGUAGCUGAUUCUAUGCAUAAUUAUCUUUUGUUUGAGCACGUGUUACAAGUUAUUCCUAUUCCUCUGGAGCGUGUUCAUCCAAAUUUGUGGAAAGGUGUAAACCGUUGGUACAAACCACCGAACUGGGUUGCAAUUGAAAGGAAGCGGCACAACAAGGAAAGAACAUUGGGAGAGCAGAGGAAGCUGGUAGAGAGGAUCUUGAAACGGGAUAAAAAACGGAGAAAGCGGAUAGAGGCUGCUGGUAUUGAUUAUGAAUGCCCGGAAAUUGUGGGUGACAUAGGGCCUGCUCCGAAGAAGAUCAGGUUUGAUGAAUAGGCCUUCUGCAGGACUGAUUGCUACACAAUAUCCAACCCAUAUGCUUGUUUUGCACGAUGGACUCUAAACGCUCUUUCGGAUUUGUAGAGGACUUUUGCUGGGUUUAUCAUGACAUCAGAAUGGGAGUAGUGUUUGUUUGUUCCCCCACCCCAGUGCGGGGAUCUUAUAAUUGGACCAUGCAUUGUUACUAUUUAUUAUUAUUGUUUAAAUGAAGAAAUCUGACCAGAGAAAAAUGUUAAACGGAUCCUGUUCGAAUUAGAUACAGGGUUAUCUUCAUUCAUAGGGGAAGCUGUAGCCUGUAGUCAUUGUUACUAUUGCUUGUCAUUGUCUCUACAAUCAAAUCUCCUCCAUUCAA